UGCUUUACUUUUUUUCGUGUUUUUUUGUUACGUUCUCCAUCUCUUUUCUUCUGCACCAAAACAUUGGAUUCAGAUGUGUUCUUGUAGCUUCUCUUUUGAACACAAUGUACUCCGUAGCAUGGAUGUGGCUACCAACUAUCCCACUGCGCGCCCUUUCCAUGUUACUCUGCACUCGACCGAUCCACACAAAAGCCAACCUCGCAGACUUUAUCCUGAACUUUACUGCACCUGCCCCUCUAAUCCUUUGACACAUCGCCGGGUCGCGAAGCAGGUGAACGCCUUCGCCGAAGGCUCUUGUUGCCUCCGCCUCCCAUGUCCCAUCCCAUGCUCAUCUCUCAUCCUACGUGCGUAUAGCACAACCUCCUCCAUCAGCUCGCUCAGCUGCUCACUAGCCGUCACUAUCGUUCCAUCGCCUUGCUCUGAAUGCAAGCAUGGCGGCGACCACCACGACACCGACGAUGCCGGCGACGGUCACGCCCCUGCCGGGCUACGGCUACCAGGGCUCGGCCGCGGGCGCAGGCGCAAGCGUGGCGACCGUGCCUGGGCACAGCUCGGGGUCCAUCGGCACGUUCUUCGCCGUGCUCGCCGCGGUCCUUGUGCUCACCUUGCUGUCCUGCGUCUUCGGCCGGGUGUGCGCGGGUCAGGCCGAGGGGCCCGAUGAGCGGUACGACUGCACGCGGCUGGCCCGCCGGUGGUGCGGGUGGCGGUCACCUCGCCGGACCGUGAAGCGGGAGGCGCAGCCGCCGCCCGUGGGGGAGGUGGCCCCUGCACUGCCACAGCCAGAGGAGCCGUGAAGAAGCUGCCACCGCCGAGGUUCAUGGCUUAGCCCUUUCCUCUUCUCUUCUUGAGUUCCAGUUAGCAGCAUAGCCAGCCUGAUAGGAGAAAUAAUCAAUGAAAUUAAAGGCUUAUAUAUAUAUAUAUAUAUAUAUA